AUGGCCGUGCGUUUUACGGCCGCGCAGGUUCUAGAACAGAUCUUGUCCAGCGUGGACCAAGAAGACUACUCAGAUUGCCAGGAGGAGGAGGAGGAGGAAAAGGUUUUGGAAGACGAAGACAGGGAGGAAUACAACCCAGAGCGCCGUGAGGUCGACGAUGCUUCUUCUCCCUCUUCUGAGGAAGAGCCCGAGGAAGAGCCCGAGGAAGCACCCGAGGACGAGCACGAGGACCGACGAGAGGAAGAGAUCUCCUCGACUCCGGGCCCCACGGCCUAUGCCGCGACCCAGGCCCGCGACAUCGCGUCCGCCUUCCACCUGUUUGUCACACCGGCGAUAGAAAGGAUAAUUGUGGAAAUGACGAACCUGCACGGGGCCAGAAAAUACGGCGACGACUGGCGACCCAUGGACGCCACGGACCUGCGCGCCUACAUAGGGCUGCUGAUCCUAGCGGGCGUCUACAGGUCCCGAUGCGAGGCCACGGCAAGCCUGUGGGACGCCGAGAGAGGCAGGACUGUGUUCCGAGCCACCAUGCCGCUCAAGAUCUUUCACAAGUACUCGAGGCUGCUGCGAUUCGACGACCGCCAGUCGAGACCCGCCAGACUCGCCACGGACAAACUCGCAGCCGUACGGGAUGUCUGGGACCUGUGGGCGGUGCGGCUGUUGGCCCUCUACAACCCUACGAGCAACUGGUCCCGUUCAGAGGUACUGUACACAGUAAUGACACUAAUCUCUUGUCCCCUUCCAAAAGGCCGCUGUCCUUUCCGUCAGUACAUCCCCAGCAAUCCGGCGAAAUACGCCAUCAAGUCGUGGGUGGCCUGCAAUGCCAAGUCCAGCUACGCUUGGCAGAUGCAAGUGUACACCGGCAAGGCGGCCAGCGAAGGCCCCGAGAAGAACCAGGGGAUGCGCGUCGUCCUCGAUCUGACAACAGGGCUGAGUGGUUGCAACAUCACCUGCGACAACUUCUUCACCUCCUACAAACUGGGCCAGCGGCUCCUCGAGAGGAACCUCACCAUGGUGGGCAUGGUGAGAAAAAACAAGGCCGAGCUCCCGCCCGCGCUGCUCGAGUCCAGGGGCAGACAGGUCCUGUCCUCCAGGUUUGCCUUCACGCCCACCACCACUCUGGGGUCCUAUCUGGCAAAGAAAAACCAGAACGUGCUACUUUUGAGCACGCUGCACACAAAGGGCCACAUCAGCGAUCGCCGCGACAGGAAGCCGGCCGUCAUCCUAGACUACAACUGCAACAAGGGCGGCGUGGACAACCUAGACAAGGUGGUCGGCACCUACAGCUGCAGACGGAUGACCGCCCGCUGGCCCCUGGUCGUCUUCCACAACAUCCUCGACGUGUCCUCCUACAACGGCUUUGUCAUAUGGCGAGAGAUCAAGCCUGACUGGAUGCCUCGCAAGCGGGACAAGCGCAGGAUGUUCCUCGAGCAGCUGGGAAAGGCACUUGUGAAGCCGCUGAUCCAGAGAAGGCAGCAUCUCCCCAGCACCAAAGCAGCGUCAGCACUUGUCAAAGUCCUACAGAGUGCUACGGCGGCAGCUCGUGAUCAACAGCACGAGGGCCCUGCCGCUGGCACAGCCGCUGCCCCGCUCGUUGCCCCGGCCACCGGGGCAAGUAAGAGGAAGAGGUGUCAGCUCUGUCCACCCAAGAAGGACUCCAAGACACACAUGGUGUGCUGCAGGUGUAAGAAAUACAUCUGCAAAGGCUGUUCACACGCCUACUGUCACUUGCGCACAUUGGGCCUUUAG